AUGAGUGUCAUUCUUUGUACCGUCAGCGCUAAAAUCCUACAUGGCAGUUUCUGGGAAGCUCUGUCUGGAAUAUGCUCACGGACUAUUCAGCAUCCGGACUCUCAAGUAAAUCGCUUAUGCAUCACUCCAGACAAGCGCUAUCUGGCCGCCGCAGGUCACAACAAUGUCAAGUUGUAUGAUAUCAAGUCCACUAAUCCCAACCCCGUUAUGACCUUUGAUGGCCAUACGAACAACAUUACGGGUGUUGCAUUUCACUGCGAAGGCAAGUGGAUGGUCACUAGUUCGGAAGACGGCACGGUGAAAGUGUGGGACACGCGCACCGGCAGUCUACAACGCAAUUAUGCCCAUAAAGCCCCCGUCAAUGACGUUGUAAUUCACCCCAACCAGGGUGAGCUCAUCAGUGGUGAUCGUGCUGGUAUUGUCCGGGUUUGGGAUCUGGGCGAGAGCGUCUGCACUCAUCAGCUAAUUCCCGAAGAUGACGUUGCUGUGCAAAGUGUUAGUGUUGCAAGCGAUGGAUCCUUACUCUGCGCAGGGAAUAAGAAGGGCAAUGUUUACAUCUGGCGCAUGGUCCAAGACGCUGAAUUAACGCGCAUCGUUCCAAUGUGCACCUUCCAGGCUCACAAAGAUUAUCUCACUCGCAUUCUCCUCUCACCAGACGUCAAGCACCUCGCGACCUGUUCAGCAGACCACACAGCCAAGGAAGAUGGUCCCCCAGUAGAUCCGAAUACCAACACCCUUUACCUGGAGACCACCCUAGCAAAUCACCAGCGGUGGGUGUGGGACUGUGCCUUUUCCGCCGAUUCGGCCUAUCUCGUCACCGUUUCGAGUGACCACUACGCUCGUCUAUGGGAGUUGGCUUCGGGUCAGGUUAUCCGUCAAUACAGUGGGCAUCACCGCGGGGCGGUGUGCGUUGCUCUGAACGAUUAUUCUGAGCCUCGGUGA